AUGGCGACUGGUGCGGCGGCUGCCUCCCAGCGCCGGGCUUCGCCUGGACAGCGGUCCUUCAGUCAAAUUACCACCAAAUGCAGAGCGGAUAAGCACAUGACAAAUCAGACGAACAGUAACGUAGAAACUGCAAAAUGCGGGGGCUGGGACGGGCGAGGUGAUCCGGAGACGGACUCGGGCGCGCACGACUGGCAAGCUGGGCUGCUGGUGGUGGGCGGCCCUCGCAGCGGGAAAACGUGGCUGGUGCACCGCUUUUGCACUGGCGGGGUGCCUGACCGGCUGGACAAGGUUCCAAGCCUGGGCACUGACAUGCGAGUCGUGCGGGUACAGAUGCGCUCGACGUCGCUGCACACCCGCGGCCGCUUGCGCGUUUGGGAGCCGUCAGGCUUCAGCCGCAAACAGGCUUUGGGAGGCUACUUGAAGGCUGCGCAGGCAGUCAUCGUGACUGUUGAUGCCGCUGAGCUUGAAGCUCCGCGCGAAGCGCAGCGCCUUCUUUUGGAUGCUGCGGAGUACAUGCGACCUGGCACCAUCCUGGCACUCUGUGGCCUCCAGAUCGACCGGCUGUCGCCAGCUGAAAUGCGAAGAGCAGCGUGCCGGCUUCGGGAAGUUGCAGAUAUGGGGCGCGCAGAGUUUGGGAUGUGCAGUGCCUUGACGGGCGAGGGUAUCGCAGAAUUCUUUUGUGCCGUCCUUGCUGCGUGUCAAGAGAGCAGCCUCGAUCUUCCUGCCGCGGAGCCUGUGCUGAACCGCAUUGCUGGGACCCUCACGAGCACUGAGCUCCUGCGAACUUUGCUGCGGCGCGAGCGGCUGUGA